AUGAGCAAACACGUCCUCAUCCUCGGCGGCCACGGCAAAGUCUCCCAGCACCUAACCCCAAUCCUCCUCAAAAAGUCCUGGACCGUAACCUCCAUAAUCCGCACCCAAGACCAGGUCCCCGCCAUCGAAAAACUGGGCGCCGACCAGUCAAGCGGCAAACUCAACGUCCUCGUCCGCAACACAAUCUUCUGGUCCGCCGGCGCAGGCGGCAAAGGCGACCCCUCCCGCACCUUCACAAUCGACCGCGACGCCGCCAUCCACUUCAUCAACGCUGCCGUCGCCACACCCUCUAUCAAGAAGUUCAUCCUCGUCUCCUACCUGAGCUCCCGCAAGACGAAGCCCACCUGGUGGUCCGAUAAAGCCUGGCAGGACGCCCUUGACGGCAACAAGAAGCUCUACAACUACUCCCUCGCCAAGAUCGCCGCCGACGAGGCCCUCUGGCAGGAAUCGAAAAAGAGGACAGAUGGCUUUGCCGGUAUUAGUCUGAGACCCGGUCUGCUGACCGAGGAACCGGCCGGCAAGAUUGAGUUUGGAAAGACAAAGGAGGCAAAGGGCACAUCGAGCCGGCAGACCGUCGCCGAGGUCGCCGCGCUUAUUGCGGAAAACGACAGCUUCACAACGUCGUGGGUUGACUUGCUGGACGGCGACGAAGACCCCAAGACUGCAGUUGACAGAGUUGCAAAGGAAAAGGUGGACGUCGCUGUGGGCGAGGAAUUCUACAAGGCUUAG